UUGGCUGCCUGGGGUUCGUGCACUCGGGCGCGCAGGUGCGCCGGAGCUCGGCUGCGCGAAGCCGGGAGGAACUCCGCGGUGCCAGCACUUGAGUAGCUGUGCUUCGGUGGUCAGCACCAGAGUGGCUCCCUCCCUGUCUAUCGGGUCUUAGACAUGGGUGUUGUGCUGCUCCCGCCGCCGCUGUCCAUGCUGAUGCUGGUGCUGAUGCUGCUGCCAGCGGCCAGUGCCUCAGAAGCUGAGCACCGCCUGUUCCAGUACCUGUUCGAAGAUUACAACGAGAUCAUCCGGCCAGUGGCUAAUGUGUCCCAUCCAGUCAUCAUCCAGUUUGAGGUGUCCAUGUCUCAGCUGGUGAAGGUGGAUGAAGUAAACCAGAUCAUGGAAACCAACCUGUGGCUGAAGCAAAUCUGGAAUGACUACAAGCUGAAAUGGAAACCCUCUGACUACCAAGGGGUGGAGUUCAUGCGUGUUCCUGCAGAGAAGAUCUGGAAACCAGACAUCGUACUGUACAACAACGCUGAUGGGGAUUUCCAGGUGGAUGACAAGACCAAAGCUCUACUCAAGUACACAGGAGAAGUGACUUGGAUCCCGCCGGCCAUCUUUAAGAGCUCAUGCAAAAUCGACGUGACCUACUUCCCAUUCGACUACCAAAACUGCACCAUGAAGUUCGGCUCCUGGUCCUACGACAAGGCAAAGAUCGACCUGGUCCUCAUCGGCUCCUCCAUGAACCUCAAGGACUACUGGGAGAGUGGCGAGUGGGCUAUCAUUAAAGCCCCGGGCUACAAACAUGAAAUCAAGUACAACUGCUGUGAGGAGAUCUACCAAGACAUCACGUACUCGCUGUACAUCCGUCGCCUGCCGCUGUUCUACACCAUCAACCUCAUCAUCCCCUGCCUGCUCAUCUCCUUCCUCACUGUGCUUGUCUUCUACCUGCCCUCCGACUGUGGGGAGAAGGUGACACUCUGCAUCUCUGUGCUCCUCUCCCUGACUGUCUUUCUCCUGGUGAUCACCGAGACCAUUCCUUCCACCUCGCUGGUCAUCCCCCUGAUUGGGGAGUACCUCCUCUUCACUAUGAUUUUUGUCACCUUGUCCAUUGUCAUCACAGUCUUUGUGCUCAAUGUGCACUAUAGAACUCCAACCACACACACCAUGCCCACUUGGGUCAAGGCCGUGUUCUUGAACCUGCUCCCCAGGGUCAUGUUUAUGACUAGGCCGACCAGUGGUGAGGGGGACACUCCUAAGACGAGGACCUUCUACGGCGCUGAGCUCUCAAACCUGAACUGCUUCAGCCGUGCAGACUCCAAAAGCUGCAAGGAAGGCUACCCCUGCCAAGAUGGGACCUGUGGCUACUGCCACCACCGUAGGGUAAAAAUCUCAAAUUUCAGUGCCAACCUCACAAGAAGCUCCAGUUCUGAGUCUGUCGACGCUGUGUUGUCCCUCUCUGCCCUGUCACCAGAAAUCAAAGAAGCCAUCCAAAGUGUGAAGUACAUUGCCGAAAACAUGAAAGCACAGAAUGUAGCCAAAGAGAUUCAAGAUGAUUGGAAGUACGUUGCCAUGGUGAUUGAUCGCAUCUUUCUCUGGGUUUUCAUCCUGGUGUGCAUUUUAGGAACGGCGGGAUUAUUUCUGCAACCCUUGAUGGCCAGAGAUGACACAUAGACUGUGCACUGUUCAUCGAGGCUCACCUGUGCUGACGCAAGGGCACUUCCUCAAUAGCACUAUACUUUAUCUGAUCACUGGCUUGGAGUUUGCUAUUUCAAGGGUUAUUUUCAACUCAUCUUGAUUUUUCGUAAAAAAGAAAUGUGGGAGACAAAUGUCUAGUUAUUUAUCAUGGGUAAAUGAACAUUUCACUACCCCUGUGAUUGAAACUUUAGGUAGAAAAAUUUUCUGUUCAUAAAUAUUAACUCCAUUAGUGCAGGAUCUCCAUAGAACUCAUUUGCUCAGCCCAUAAACUUCUUGAAAUCGUAGUGUA